CGAAGGACGUUUUUCAUGCGAAAGCAGCAAAGCUAUAUAAUCCUCCUCCAGCGAACUAGGGUUUCUCCUCAGCGCCCCCUAAGCUCCAGGGAAGACAAAGGCGGUGCAUUUUUUGUGAGAGUAAGAGCGGCAGCAAUAAUGGUGGAGAAGGGUAGCAAGGUUAGGAAGGAGGAGGUGGUCACCAGGGAGUACACCAUCAAUCUCCACAAACGCCUCCAUGGAUGCACCUUCAAGAAGAAGGCUCCAAAAGCCAUCAAGGAAAUCAGAAAGUUUGCCCAGAAAGCCAUGGGAACUACAGAUGUCCGGGUUGAUGUCAAGUUGAACAAGCACAUUUGGAGCCGUGGAAUUCGGAGUGUGCCAAGAAGAAUCCGCGUGCGCAUCGCAAGAAAGAGGAAUGAUGAUGAAGAUGCUAAGGAGGAGCUUUACUCUUUGGUGACUGUUGCAGAAAUUCCAGAUGGAGGGUUGAAGGGAUUGGGAACCCAAGUCAUUGAUGAGGAAGAAUGAUUUUCUGUUCUAAAUUACUUUGCUAAAUUCAAUUUUGCUGUAUCUCAGUCUUUGUUAUGUUUAGAGAAGUUGAUUUGAAGGAUUAUUAUGCGACUUGAUGCAAUUCUUCCAGUUUGAGACACGUAUCUUAUAUUAGAAUUCACUUGAUAUUGUUUCUCUUUGUUUUAAUGAUCAGAAAGUUAAAUUGCUUGCU